UAGCAAUUCUUGAUUUUUGACGUGUAUUUUAACAAGGCACCUGCGGUCCACUUAACGCUACAAACGCUUCAAAGCAUUCUUUGAUUUGUUAAUUUGUAAAAUUCUUUAAAACGCUUUGAAGCAUAUAUAGUGUUGAGUAGACAGCAGUCGCAAUGUUGUUAUGUAAGCUGGUUUUUUUUUGCGUCAUAUAUAGCUUCAAUGAAGUGGCCAUUAGUAAUGAAAUGGAAUUUAUUAAUUUUGUUAAUCGUUUAUACAAAAUUUAAAAAUUUUUUAAUUUUUUAUAUUGUAUGAAGUAAAAGAUGAGAAGACUGAACUCCAUGAAAUGAAAGUGGUUUCGAUUCGUGACCGCUGUUUGAGAGGGAAUCCGCUUCGAAUGAAAUAGCAUCUUAUCGAUGAGCGCCAUUUACAAUUAAUCCACAGUGUUCGUAGAUUGAAGGACAUUAAGCAUGUGCAGAGCUUUUAUGAACAGGGUUUAACUCGUACAUAAAGAGUGUUGCCAAGAUCGUACUUAAAUACAUUGCAAUGCACUAUUUGGGAGCCAUACAUUUAAUUAUCUAUGAUAUUUUAUACAUAGUCUACAUAUUCUACAGUUCACAUUGUUUAAUGUAAACUAUAUUUUAUGCGUAAAUGCUCAACUCAAAGCUACAGAGCAAUCACAAAUUUCUAUCCAUAGUCGAUAAUGUCAUUGCUCUUCAAUUAUCCCUGCGACCCCUUUGAUGGUCGCGAAAAUUUGCCCGAGGUUGGCGGUCUUUAAUAGUAUGUCGUCGAUGCCCUCGAUCUAUAAACAUUGUCAAACACGUUUAAAAACGUUUUGCGUUUUUCUUCUGUGACGAACACUGCGUGUAUUAUACGGACAAUCCGGCUUUACUUCGGUUUGCUUACUUUGUGACUUGGUAUUUAUAUUAUGCAAUGGAUACGUGGAAUAUUGAAGGACAAAUAGGGAAAAUAGGGAACAAAUGUUACAUACGUGGAUGCACCACCAGAGGAGGAUCACAUUCCACAGGAAGGAAACUUUUUGCAGCUUCUACAGAAAAAAUGUUCAAUGCUUGGCGUGACAGUAAAAUAGCUCGACGAUGCGUCGGGAAGAAAUUUAGUCAAAAAAGUCGUAUCUGUGAUUUACAUUUUCGGAAAAAUGACAUUGAACGAUAUGAGACUUUUCGCACGACAGAUGGUAGUAUGGUAACAGUACUACGUAGGAAACCAAUAUUAAAAGAAGAUGCCGUUCCAUCUAUUUUUCCAUUGAAGAUUGAACGGUUUCGACGGAGACCUAAAUAUCCUAGAAAAAAACAGCAGUAUAAAGAAACAAGUACUACGACUCUGUUAAAACAUAUGGUUAAUUGUUUUGACUCUGUGCCAGUCAAGACAGAGACAGAUUUGUGCGAGGAUACUGAAGUUAAGGAAAAUUCAUGCACUGACCCGCUCGACGAGAUGAGCAACAGGAAACAGACGAUGCAGGCUGACGACUGUAGAAGACAAGGAUUCAGAAGAGGAUUGGAAGCAGACAAGAUUCUCGGAUCAGCGGAUGACAAUGGAGAAUUGAUGUAUUUGAUACAGUGGAAAGGAACAGACGCGGUUGACAUGGUAUCUGCUAAAGAAGCUAAUGCCAAAUGUCCUCAGAUCGUUAUUCGAUUUUAUGAGGACAGAAUAACCUGGAAUAAGGCCAAGAUAAGCGCGUGAAAUAGACUUCCUGAAGGAGCCAGAUCUUUUUAAGGUUCUGAUUUUUAUCGUGUGAUCUCACUGUAAUAUAUAUUUAACGCUAAUUUUUUUUUGUAUUUGACAUAGUACAAUGAAUGAAUUCUUUUUUAAAUAA